AUGGUGCGAAAAAGAAACGCUUGGAGAACAAAAGAGAAACGGCUUCACCUCCUCUUCUUGAUUUUGUUUGUCUUGUCUUUUUUAUUUGUUUCUCUUUUUUUUCUUUUCUUCUGUUACUUUUUUACUUGCUCAUCCUUUUCCUUUUUCCUGUCAUUAUUACCUCCCCACGCUCCGACACCAGCUAUUUGGUCUUGUGAUUUUCUUUCCUCUUCUCUUUUCAUACAAUUCCUUGCCACUAUCUGUCCAGGGCCCUUCCUUCGAAAUCGUCACGCCCAUUUUUCUGCCUUCAAUGCACGUGUCCAUUUCCGUAUCGACACACAUGUAACUUUAUUAUUACGACAUUCCUUCUGCCUAUUCCGUUUCUUCGUGAACAUCUUCGGCUUUUUUUAUAAAAAAAAUGUUUAUUCUUUCUCCUUAUUUUAUCUCUUUCUUGUUUCUUUUCACUUUCUCCUUGUCUUUCUUUCUCUUUAUCUAUCUAUCUAUCUAUCUAUCUAUCUAUCUAUCUAUCUAUCUAAAUUCACUCAUACCUAUCUAUACAGCUAUCUAUCUCAUUUUAUUAAUAUCUAUCUAUCUAUCUAUCUAUCUAUCUAUCUAUCUAUCUAUCUUAAUUCAAUCAUAUUCAUCUAUCUAUCUAUCUAUCUAUCUAUCUAUCUAUCUAUCUAUCUAUCGGUUCAUAUCUAUCGCUUCCUCAAUAUAUUCAUAUCUAUCUAUCUAUCUAUCUAUCUAUGUAAAUUCACUCAUACCUAUCUAUACAGCUAUCCCAUUUUAUUAAUAUCUAUCUAUCUAUCUAUCUAUCUGUAUUUCAAUAGGUUCAUAUCUAUCGCUCCCUCAAUAUAUCCAUAUCUAUCUAUCUAUCUAUCUAUCUAUCUAUCUAUCUAUCUAUCUAUCUAUGACUUAAUCAAUUCACCUCAAGCAAGGCAAUGCGAAUCUAUCUAUCUAUCUAUCUAUCUAUCUAUCUAUCUAUCUAUCUAUUUAUCUAUCUAUCUAUCUAUCUAUCUAUCUAUCGCGGUCUGUUCACAAAUAUCUAUGAUGCAAUACCCUGACUAA